UUCCGACAUUUUGUUUUUCACGCAUCGUUUUGGAGCGAAGCACAAAAAGUAUUAUACACACCCGAUUCAAUCGAUUGAAGCCAUCCCGAGCAGCAGGAAGUGUACUAUACGAAGCAAAGAAAAAGUGAAAAUUUCUAUUUCUGCCCUAAUUAAUUGAGUAAAAGUUAAGUGAUAAUGGGCGAUCAACGAGGUACACGCGUCUAUGUCGGUAAUCUAACCGAUAAAGUGAAGAAGGAUGAUCUAGAAGGAGAAUUCACUAAAUAUGGCAAGUUAAAUUCAGUUUGGAUUGCUUUUAAUCCACCAGGCUUUGCUUUUGUGGAAUUCGAGCACCGUGAUGACGCAGAAAAAGCCUGUGACGUGCUUAAUGGUACAGAAUUGUUGGGCUCACAGCUACGUGUAGAAAUCUCCAAGGGCCGGCCACGUCAAGGUCGUCGUGGUAUGGGCGACCGUGGUCGGCGUGACUUCGGUCGUCGAAGCAACAGCGGUGGCGGCGGCGGCGGUUAUCGCCAACGUGGCUCCGGCAGCGGUGGCGGACGUUACAACGACCGUGGCUACUCCGGUGGUGGUGGCCGUCAAGGUGGCGGAUACAGCAGCCGCGAUGGCGGCAGUAGUGGCUUCAAUCGACGCGACGUCUACGGUAGCAGCAGUGGUGGACGCGAUAGUGGACGUUCAUUCGGCGGCAGUGGUGGAUACGGUAGCGGAAGUGGCGGACGCAGUGGUGGCAGCCAAGGUGGAGGACGCUUCAGAUCGCGUUCCCCAGUCGGUCAUCGCUUCUAAAUCAAGCAGCAAUGGAUAAAAAAGUAAAGAAAUAUUCAUACAUACUAUAUUGUGUUUAAGGAAGGUAGCAUGAUGUGAUUGUUGGAACAUGCGUGAGUGUGGCACCAACAGCGCAAUUUUUAAAAUUAUAGGAUUACUAGUACGCAGUAAUAGUUUUGAGAGUAUUUGAGAAAUGCAAAACUGCAAUUCGUUUUAGAAGUGUAAGGGCUAUCGAAAUACAACACACAACACAGACAAGUGUUUAGACAGAAAAGAUUCAUUAAUUGGUUUAAGUAAAUGUAGAGCAAAUAGACAUCAAGAAACCGAUGAUAAACACGAUGAUGAUAAAUUGUAGAAAAUGUCUACCGCUACCCAAAUUUGAACGCUAAUUAUAAGCUAAUUCGAGACAACAAGUUACUACGUAAAAAAGAAAUAACUUUGAAAUAAAAUAUCUUCAAUAUCUAUGUAUACUUAACAGUAUUCGCAAAUUA